CGCACAUGUUUCUUCGUCUGUCAUAUCUGUUAUCUAGACGUGCUGGAUCCCGAGUCUCAAUUUCUCUGCCUCAAUACUAUACGAUGGAAACGAGAACUUACGCAGAAGCAGUUGAUAAGCUAAACACCCUACAAUCGAAUGCCGCCACCAUCGAAGCAAUCAGGGCUUCUGGUAAGCCCAAUAAUGAUGCGACCAUAAUAGAGAUGGCCGAAUAUCUAAAGAGGAUCGGAUACGAGCCGGAGGACCUUAACAAGCUCAAUGUGGUUCAUGUCACAGGAACCAAAGGAAAGGGUUCCACAUGUGCAUUUGUCGACUCGGUACUCCGACAUGUUAAGCCGAACUGGAAGACAGGACUGUACACCUCUCCUCAUCUCGUGGCCGUACGGGAGCGUAUAAGGGUCAACGGACUACCUAUAUCAGAGGAAGUGUUCGCCAAAUACUUCUUUGAAGUAUGGGACAGGCUCGAAGCCAAUCCAGAAAGAGCGAAUCCGGCAACAUCACCUAAACCGAUGUACUUCCGAUACAUGACCCUGAUGGCUUUCCACGCUUUCCUCUCUCUUGGGGUAAAUGCUACAAUAUUGGAAGUUGGCAUAGGUGGACUGUACGACUGCACAAAUGUAGUCCCCAAACCCCUGGCCGCAGGCGUCGCCUCCCUGGGCAUAGAUCAUGUCUUCAUCCUAGGCAACACGCUGGGUCAGAUCGCCUGGCAAAAGGGGGGUAUCUUCAAAGAGGGAGUUCCAGCAUUCACGGUCCCGCAGCCUGAGGAGGGCAUGGAAGGCUUGCGGAAGCAGGCGGUGGACCGAAAGGCUUCUUCUCUCAGUGUCGUGCCUGUGCUCCCACAGGUGGCGGAACUCGAUCUCGGCCUCUCCGGGGUGCAUCAGAAGCAAAACGCGAGCCUGGCGCUCAGCCUUGCACAGGCAGCGAUUGAGGGAACAGGGGAUAAGGAUGCGAACCUCCUAGAGCUCCCACUGUCUGCUACCGUGAAGACUGCGUUGGAGAAGGCGAAGUGGCCGGGCCGCUGCCAGGUGGUCCCAGACCCUAAAGAUUCGAAGACGACGUGGUUCCUCGAUGGAGCGCAUACUGUUGAGAGCUUGACAGCAUGUAUGCAGUGGUAUGCCGAUACGGGAGUCGGGCUGCGGCAAUUUCAACCGAUCCGGAUCUUGAUCUUCAACUGCACCAACGGCCGUUCGGGGCAGACGCUACUCGGCGCACUCCUAUCCACUGCCGUAAUCCAAAUCAAAAAACACGAGCAGGGGGACGCACUGCCAAAAGACGGGUUCUUCGACCACGUCAUCUUCUGCACCAACGUGACAUACGCAGAUGGGCAUUUCAAAGGAGACUUGACGUCCAAGGUUCUCUCAGAUACGGGUGUCUCAUCACUCAAGACGCAACAGGAGCUGUCCCAGGCGUGGAUGUCACUCGUCCCUCUCUUUUCCGAGGAGAACAUCCAUGUCCUCCCCUCAGUGCAGCAUGCCGUCGACCUGGCGCGGGGGCUGCAGGUCCCCCAGGGAACGGAGAAAGACGUGCUCGUUGCUGGGAGUUUGCAUUUAGUGGGCGGGGCGAUCGAGGUUGCUGGGUUGAGCGAGACGGUGUUCAGUGCAUAAGAGUCACGUCAUUGUAUGCGGGCAAGGGAGGGGGUCGCGGCAUCUUCACAUACCGGGGACGAUCUAGACUGCAUAUGGGGCUCAACCCCCUCGCAGACAUGUAGC